CUUGCGCUGGAUGUUAUCUAGCUAUCCCCAUCCGCCUGCAGCCAUUCAGAGCGGUGAAAACCUCCAGGAGCGGCUGGCUGGUAGCUUCCAGGGACUUUGACUGCUGCUGCUGCUGUGAAGCUGAGCGCUACAAUGAUGUCAGAAGACACGGAAGGAAAGAGCGAGAAAAUAAUGGAUACGGAGAGCAAGGUGCUGUGGUACCCGGACUCCAAGAGGAACACACAGAUGGACACGUUCAGGAUACAGGUCAACUCAGACUACGGACUUAAUCUGGCGAACUACAAUGAUCUUUACCAGUGGUCUGUGGACUGUUAUCCAGAGUUCUGGGCAGAGGUGUGGCGCUUCUGUGGAGUCGUCAGCUCCAAACCAUAUGAGGAGGUGGUGGACGUUUCCAAGCGGAUCUCAGAUGUUCCAGAGUGGUUUAAAGGAGCUCGACUCAACUACGCCGAGAACCUGCUUAAGCACGCUGAUCAGGACAAAGUGGCUCUUUACUGUGCAAGAGAAGGGAACGAGGAGAUCAGGAAGGUGACAUUCGGGGAACUGAGGCGUGAUGUGGCGUUGUUUGCUGCAGCCAUGAGGAAGAUGGGCAUUCGGACUGGAGACAGGGUUGUAGGUUACCUGCCCAACGGCAUCCAUGCAGUAGAAGCCAUGUUGGCGGCAGCCAGCAUCGGGGCCAUUUGGAGCUCCACAUCGGUCGACUUUGGGGUUAAUGGUGUUCUAGACAGAUUUUCUCAAAUUCAGCCCAAACUGAUCUUCUCAGUAGCUGCUGUGGUUUACAACGGGAAAACGCACGACCACAUGGAAAAACUGAUAAACGUUGUUAAAGGUUUACCCGACCUGAAUAAAGUAGUCGUGAUUCCCUACGUUUUGUCCAAGGAAGAGACCAACCUCUCCAAAAUUCCCAACAGCGAGUUUCUUGAUGACUUUUUGGCAUCUGGAAGAGGCGAAGGAGACCAGUUCCCUCAGCUGGAGUUUGAGCAGCUUCCGUUCAACCAUCCUCUGUUCAUCAUGUACUCGUCGGGAACAACAGGAGCUCCUAAAUGCAUGGUCCAUUCAGCCGGGGGCACUCUCAUCCAGCACUUGAAGGAACACGUUCUCCAUGGCAACAUGACCUCCAACGAUGUCAUCAUUUACUACACCACCACCGGGUGGAUGAUGUGGAACUGGCUGGUGUCUGCUCUGGCAGUGGGGGCCUCAGUGGUUUUAUACGAUGGUUCACCACUAAUGCCAACAGCCAAUGUGCUGUGGAACCUGACAGACAAGCUGGGAAUCACUAUCUUUGGCACUGGGGCUAAAUGGCUGUCUGUGCUGCAGGAGAAGAACCUCAGACCUUCGGAAACACACAACCUUCAGUCUCUACACACCAUCCUGUCCACUGGAUCUCCACUCAAACCUCAGAGCUACGACUACGUGUAUCGCUGCAUCAAGAGCACCGUGCUGCUGGGCUCAAUCUCAGGUGGCACUGAUAUAGUUUCGUGUUUCAUGGGGCAAAAUCCAACAGUUCCAGUGUAUCGCGGGGAGAUCCAGUCCAGAAACCUCGGCAUGGCUAUAGAAGCGUGGAGUACUGAGGGUAAGCCGGUUUGGGGGGAGAGCGGAGAGCUUGUCUGCCUGAAGCCGAUCCCCUGCCAACCAACUCGCUUCUGGAAUGAUGAGAAUGGGAGCAAAUAUCACAAAGCUUACUUCUCUACGUUUCCCGGUGUGUGGGCCCAUGGAGAUUAUUGUAAAAUAAAUCCGAAGACAGGCGGCAUUAUCAUGCUUGGCAGAAGUGAUGGGACGUUGAACCCUAAUGGAGUUCGCUUUGGGAGCUCAGAGAUCUACAAUAUUGUGGAGGCUUUUGAGGAAGUGUCAGACAGUCUUUGUGUGCCACAGUACAAUGCAGAUGGAGAGGAAAGGGUUAUUUUGUUCUUAAAGAUGGCUCCCGGGAAGCCGUUCUGUCCAGAGCUGGUGACAAGGAUUAAAGGAGCCAUCAGAAAAGCCUUGUCUGCCCGACACGUCCCUGCCUUGCUGCUGGAGACAAAAGACAUUCCUUACACCAUCAGUGGUAAGAAGGUGGAGGUCGCCGUGAAGCAGAUCAUUGCAGGUCGGGAGGUUACACAGCGAGGAGCUUUCUCCAACCCUGAUUCUCUGGACCUCUACAAGAACAUUUCUGAGCUACAAAACUUUUAAUAAUUAAAUAGAUUCAAUUCCAGAUAGUUGAGGAGGGACUCUACAAAUAUCCAUUUUAUUAAAGGCAUGGUUAGCAGAGAGAGGACUGGUGAAAAAAGGUGUGAUGGACUUAAUGUUUUGCAAAAUAGGAACAAAUAUUAUUUAAAUAAAAGGAAAUUACAUCAAUGUAUAUUAAGCUGAUGGUAUAAUGCAGGGAGAAGACUUUAAACCACAAGGUACACUGGUCCAUAGGCAAGCUUUGAAUAGCUUAAUGCUGCUGCUCCUAGUCUGUCGUGCUGUUCAAAUAAAAGUUAAGCUGAGUGUAAUGCGAUGUGCACACCAGUGCUUGUACUAAAGCUUAUGCUGUAAAGCUUGAUAUAAAAACUUUAAGUGCAGCAUUAAGUUUUUGGGUUCACAGUUUGAUCAUCCUUUAAAAGAUCCUCAUUUCUGCAGCAGCAAUCUUUAACAAGAAUGCUGCUUUGGAGGAGAUUAAAGAAUAAAACCUGUGAAGUUGUGCAGAAAAGUACAGAUAAGACCUUAAUUCAGCUGUGGCUCAUAUCAGCAUAUCAUUGUUUUCUGCUGUGUUACUUUAUUCAUGUAUGUGUGUGUGUUUGUGUAUGUAUGUAUGUAUGUAUGUAUGUAUGUAUGUUUAUAUAUAUAUAUACACACACACACACAAAAUCAAAGCCAAAGGUUUGGAUUCUGUUUGUUUCUUGAGAGUUUGAGGUUAACUUGUGAUAAUUAGGAAUUCCAGAUGCACUAAAAUCAUUAUUUUUCUACUGUAUUUUGGUGAGAUUGUAAUCCUUCCUUACAUUGGUUCCAUGUUUCUUCCUUCUAGAAACUUUUUUGUUAUUCACUGUUGAAAUGAAGGUAUUCCUUUUUUAAAUAUCCGUUACCUCUUUAAAUUUCAAGCCAUCCUGCAGUUGACAGUGCCUUGCCAAGCAUUCAUAUCUUUUUCUUCUAUUUGUCCAUUGCAGACUCAAACCUUAUUGUGUUUUAUAAGGAUUAAUGGUACUACUUUACAAAGGGCUCACCUUAAUAGAUGGAUAAUAAAUAGUUUUUUCAGAUGUUAAUUAAUUUGUAAACAUUUUAUAACUCAUUCAAAAGUGAUUUUUUUUGCAUUUAUUAAGGGAGAGAACAAGAAAAAAGCUGACCAGUUUCUUGCCAACUUGUGAGCUUGAGCUGUUUAACUGUAUAUAUAUCUAUAUAUAGAGAGAGAUAUAGAUAUUUAUAUAGAUAUUUACACUGCUCGAAACAAUAAAGGUUACGUAAACAACACAAUAUAAAUCAACCUUCUGUGAAAUUGUCCCUUCAUGAAGCAACACUGAUUGAUAAUCAAUGUCACAUGCUGAUCUGCAAAUGGUAUAGAAAACAGGUGGAAAUUAUUGGUAAUUGGCAAGACACACUCAAUAAAGGAGUGGUUCUGCAGGUGAGAUCACAGACCACUUUUCAGUACCUGUGCUUUGGCCGAUUGUUUUGGUCACUUUUGAAUGUGGAUGGGGGUUUCACAAUCGUGGUUGUGGUCGCUCCACAACCCACACAAGGGGCUCAGGCAUUGCAGCUCAUCCAGGAUGGCGCAUCAAUGCGAGCUGUGGCAAGAAGGUUUGCCGUGUCUGUCAGCAAUAGUGUCCAUAUGCUGGAGGCGCUACCAGGAGACAGGGCUUUACACCAGGAGAAGGCCGUAUGAGGCGAACAACCCAGCAGCAGGACCGCUACCUCCACCCUUGUGCAAAGAGGAACAGGAGGAGCAGUGCAAGCGACUUUCAAACUGACCUCCAGCAGGCCACAAAUGUGCAUGUCAGCAAAAAUGGUUGGAAACUGACUCCAUGAGGAUGGUAUGAGGGCCUGACUGCCACAGAAUGGGGUUGUGCUCACAGCCCAAUACCGUGCAGGAUGCCUGGCAUUUGCCAGAGAACACCAGGAUUGGCAAACUCGCCACUGCCACCGAGUGCUCUUCACAGCUGAAAGCUGGUUCACACUGAGCAUGUGACAGACCACGUUCUGCUGCCUGCAACAUCCUUCAACAUGACCGGAUUGGCAGUGUGUCAGUAAUGGUGUGGGGUGACAUUUCUUUGGAGGGCUGCAUAGGCUUCCAUGUGCUUGCCAGAGGUAGCAUGAGUGCCAUUAGGUACCGAGAUGAGACCCUCAGACACCUUGUGAGACAUUAUGCUGCUGCGGUUGGCCCUAGGUUCCUCCCAAUGCAGGACAAUGCUAGCCAUCAUGUGGCUGGAGUGUGUCUGCGUUCCUGCAAGAUGAGGGCAUUGAAACUAUGGACUGGACUGCCAGCUCCCCAGACCCCGAAUCCGACUGAGCACAUCUGGAACAUCGUGUUACAAUCCAUCCACUAACCACAGUUGGACCACUGACUGUCCAGAAGUUGGCGGAUGCUUUAGUCCAGACAUGUCUAAAGUCUGUCCUUGAGGACCGUUGUCCUACAGGUUUUCAAUGUUUCUUGGCUUCAACACAGGUAAUUGCAGUUCAGCAAAAACCUGUUAAUCAGCUAUCAAUGGAAAUCAGGAAAGAGGACAGUGGUCCUCAAGGACUGACUUUGGACAUGCCUGCUUUAGUCCAUGGGGGGAGAUCACUCGGGAGACUAUCCAUCCCCUCCCCAGGAGCAUGCCUAGUCAUAGGGAUGUAAUAUAGGCAAGUGCCACACACAACAUUGAACCUCCUUUUGACCAGUUUUAAAGACGUAUCAGAGUUGGAUCAGCCUGUAGUGUUUUUCCACUUUAAUUUAGUUUGACUUAGAAUCCAGCCCUCCAUUGGUUAAUAAAUUUGAUUUCCAUUGAUAAUUGUUGUGAUUCCAUAUAUACAUAUAUAAUCAUUUAACAUUACAAUAUAGAUUACAUGUAAAUGCAUAAUAAGCAUUUAAAUACUAGAUUUUCUAGUAUGCUUUAACUGUUGAGUGUAUACUGUACUAACCACUAUGUAGUUUUAAAAUGUUUACAGGGAAACUAAACAUAGAAUGGGAUGUUAAUAAGCAACAUAUCUAUAACUAUUAACCAUCUAUCAGGGUAGCCUUAUUGUAAAUCGCUGGCAGAUUAAUUUCAAGACAAACAGAAGGCGGUGUCUUUUUUGCUGAAAUUGCAGCUGUAAGCCUUUUGCUGUGCUUUUACCAGGUAUGCAAAUAUAUAGACCAACGUUUAUGUUGAUUCUGGGUGAGUGAAUGAAAAGCACUGAUAAGCAUGUUUUCAGGAUUUGACAUAUUCUCAAUUGAAUGGUCUGGACUUUGUCUAGGACACACUACAUGAAUAUGCCUUUAUCUAAAUCCUCCCAUUCUAACUCUUGCAAAAUAUUUAGUGAAACUCUGUGCUUAAUUUCAACGAAGUUAAAAGGACUGUUGGAAACUUAGUACCUAGCACUGGGAACCCUAGGACAAGAUUCAAAGGCCCAAAGUCUUGUUUCAAGGCAACCAAAUUACCAACCAUGUAGCCUGCAACUAUUAUUUAUCCUGUCAAAAUCUGCCACCUAUCUAUGAAGUUUCCCCAGGGUUACUGUGGGCCUCCUGGCUGCUUCUCUGAUUAAUGCCUACGUUGCUCAUUCUGUCAGAUUAGGUUGAGAGUCAUACAGUAUCAUGCUUUUGUUUUUCUUUUUCAUUCCCUAUGAUGAACUUAACACGAUGGUGUAUCAUUUGUCUUUGUUCUUGGAAUCGUCAAGUACUUUGUCCUUAUUGAUUACAUUAAUCUCAAUAUAGUACUUUUAAGGCUUUGACUGCUUUUGCAAGGCACUAUAGGUUUGAUUGAGGUUGAUCUGAGUUUAUGCAAAUAUCAAGUUUAUGUUUUCCCUGUCAAUGAUUAUCUGCAACAUCAGAGGUGUCAUAACUUUUGAAUAGCAUUUCUCUCUAAUAGAGACUUUUAAUUUCAUUGUUUUUUUAAUGCAGAAAAACAUUGUAUUUAUCAAAUGCAACCAUUUUGUGCAUCAAAGACACAAUGGGAGAGCUGAGUAGGUUUGGUUAUUUGUAGCUUUCUUAGUAAGUAUAAAAUGAAAUAACUGCCAUUCACUUUUGUACCUACUUCGAGGGAAGUGUGCUUGACUAAAUUUGGAUUUUUCAACAACAUAUAUCCAAUUUUAGGCAGGAAGCAGCUUUUUGUCAAAAUGUCUGAUUGUAAUUGUACUAUUUAAAAGGUGCUUGAAUGAAACCGGUCUAAUUAUCUGCUGUUCAUCUCUAAUAUUCUCAACAUGAAUCCAUUCUUCCGCAGGAAUUCUGAUGGAAAAAACAGUAUUCUCUAAUCAUUGUUUUAUCAGUGUAUAACAGUGUAUAAUGUUGUUUUGCUUUGUUUACAAAAAGAAAUGAUGGAUCCUUCCGAAAGAAAAUGGAUACUUAUACUUUAAACAUUAUCACUUGCAUCAAUGUGAUUAACAGGACUUGUUAAACUGUUGAAAUAUUGAAAUUAAAAUUACUG